GGAUUGGAACACCUGAAUCACAUGAUUUGGAGGGGAUUGGAACACCUGAAUCACAUGAUUGGGGGGGGAUUGGAACACCUGAAUCACAUGAUAUGGAGGGGAUUGGAACACCUGAAUCACAUGAUUGGGAGGGGAUUGGAACACCUGAAUCACAUGAUUGGGAGGGGAUUGGAACACCUGAAUCACAUGAUAUGGAGGGGAUUGGAACAUCUGAAUCACAUGAUAUGGAGGGGAUUGGAACACCUGAAUCACAUGAUAUGGAGGGGAUUGGAACACCUGAAUCACAUGAUAUGGAGGGGAUUGGAACACCUGAAUCACAUGAUUGGGAGGGGAUUGGAACACCUGAAUCACAUGAUAUGGAGGGGAUUGGAACACCUGAAUCACAUGAUAUGGAGGGGAUUGGAACACCUGAAUCACAUGGUAUGGAGGGGAUUGGAACACCUGAAUCACCUGAUUUGGAGG